CUGUCACGCAGGACAGACCCCGCAGAGGGCAUCUGAGCGCCAGCCAUGGCCAAAGCAGAUGACACCAUGGAGAUACCGACGCUGGGACGCCCCUUCCAGCUGGGGAUGCUGUACGACUGCCGCAAGGAGAUCCUCAUCCCGGGCAUUUCUUUAUGGGAUCUGGACACAGUCCAGAAGAAUGUAGAUGUAAAGCCACAGCACAAGUCAGAGUUUAAGAUCAUUGCAUCUGAUUCCAUGGAGGACAAGACCUCUGCCCUCGGUAUCAAGGCAUCCUUGCAAGUCAGUUUUCUCUCUGGCAUGGCUGAUGUGAGCGGCUCUGCAGAAUAUUUAAGGGAUACCAAGAGGUCCAAACACCAGGCCCGGGUCACCCUCCAGUACUCAGCCACAACACAGUUCAAGCAGCUGACAAUGAACCAACUGGGGCGACAAAACAUCUCUUACCCUGAUGUGUUUGACCAAGGCACAGCCACCCACGUGGUCACAGCUGUGCUGUACGGGGCACAAGCUUUCUUUGUGUUUGAUCGGGAAGUUUCUGAAAAUGAAGACUUUCAAGACAUACAGGGGAGGCUGGAGCUCACUAUUAGUAAAAUAUCACAGACCAAAAUAGAAGGGGAAGCAUCAGGCAAAAUGGAUGAAAAGGACAAAUCGUUCACUGAAAAGUUCAGCUGCCGGUUUCAUGGUGACUUUGCUCUUGAGAGUAACCCAGUUACGUACCAAGAUGCCAUGCAAGUUUAUGCCACCCUCCCCAAGAUGCUGGGAGCGAAUGGGGAGAAGGCUGUGCCCAUGAGAGUCUGGCUGUACCCCCUGACAAAGCUGGACGCCAAAGCAGCGUGCCUGGUCCGCGAGAUCAGCUUAGCACUGGUCUUUGAUGCCCAAACUGCCUUAGAGCAACUGGCAGAGCUGGACAUGCAGUGCAACGACCUGCAGAGGAACCCAGUGGCCAGCAGCUUCCCCCAAAUCAAGAACAAACUGCAGCAGUUCAAAGAUCUCUGCAAGCAGCACCGACAGGCUUUCCAAAAGGAGCUGGCAGGGGUCUUACCAUCCAUCCGCGGAGGGGAAGAAGAGGAAGAAGCCCUGGUGGAUGUUUUAACUUGCUAUAAACAGUCACCCUUCAACACCCAACAGCUCAAGGAGUUCCUGGAUAAAAAGGAGCGGGAAAUGACUUUUGUGAAAGCCCAUCUUUCUCUCCUCAAGGAUCUGGCAGUUGUGUCCUCCCAGAACGAGCUGGAUGAAAUUGUACUUGACCCGAUGAAUCGCUUUGUAAUUUCCUUUACUUUCACAGCCUUACAUGAAGAGGAGCCAUAUCUGUCCAGUCUGAAGCUUUGGCUUCAGACCAGAUUCACCAGCAACACUCAGGAUUUGGCAUCAGUCGCUUCUGAGAGCGAGAAAACAAAAACAAAAAUGUGGUUUGAGGACAGACUGAGAAACCAAAGUGCCCGCAAAGCGGCAAAAAUCCUUUCAGAGUUUGUCCAGGCCAACAAAGCUAAUGAGAAGAUUCGAUUUGUCGUGUCCUCCAUCUCAGACAAGGCCAAUCCAGGAGCAUCAAUUUACUUGUACGAGGAUGGAGAGCUGGUCAACACCAACUUUGAGCCUCCUGCAAUACCUCAUCCUCCCACGGCAGGCAGGAUUAAACAUGACAGCGUACAACUCACGUUCAAACCAUCUGACUAUGGAAAGGCUGCAAUAACCCACUACCGGGUGGAGUACAGAUUAGUUGGGCAGGAGAGCUGGAUGGGCCUGGAAACAGCAGACACACAGGGGACAUUCACUGUGACAGGAUUGCAUGCCAACUCGGAGUACCAGUUCCGGUAUGCUGCAGUGAGCAAGCCAGGGUUCAGCGCGAACAGCAACAGCAGUAACGCUGUGAAGACACUUCCCACCAGUCCCCCUAGGCAGCCUCUCCCCACUAUCACAGACUCAUCUGCAAUAACGCUCUCCUGGGAGACACCAGCUGUUGUUGGACAAGGUGCCCGCAUAAGAGAGUACCGGGUGGAGUACAGAGAGGUAGGAGAUCUGAGUCACCGGGGAGAGGGAAAAUGGAAAGAGCAACUGACAGGCAAGAAAGUAGAGAGCUGUAAGGUUGGGGGCCUGAAGCCUCAGACUCUCUACAGCUUCCGCGUGUCAGCUCUGUGUGCAGACAUGGCUGGCAGUGACCCCAGCAAAGAGGCAUCCAUUAUGACAGCAGAGGCAGUAUCUCAGAUGUUCCUCAAUAACAGCUGUCUAGUAGAAAAAGGGCAGCCUACAGUUUACACCCUGCCCCUAGAGAAGGUAGAAAACAGUUUUGAAUUCCCUCAUUUGAAAUACAUGCUGGGAGCAGAGAACCUACAGGCCCCCAAAAAGGUCAUCAUGGUGAUGGGAGCCACAGGCUCUGGGAAGACCACCCUCAUCAACGGGAUGAUCAACUACAUCCUGGGAGUGCAAUGGGAAGACAGCUUCAGGUUCAAACUGAUCCACGAAACCACAAACAGAAGCCAAGCAGAGAGUCAGACAUCAGAAGUGAUAGCCUACGAAGUGAAUUUCAGAACAGGUUUCAAAGUCCCCUACAACCUGACCAUAAUAGACACCCCAGGAUUUGGCGAUACCAGGGGAAUAGAGCAGGACAAACUGAUAACAGAACAGAUCCGGGAUUCCUUCUCCACCCCAGGGGGCACCGACCAAAUAGACAUCAUCUGCGUUGUUGUUCAAGCUUCACUUGCCCGCUUGACGCACGCCCAGAAAUACGUAUUUGACUCAGUGCUCUCCAUCUUUGGGAAGGAUGUAAAAAACAACAUCCAAGUCCUGGUCACCUUUGCAGAUGGGCAGACCCCGCCUGUGCUAGAAGCCAUUAAAACUGCUGAGGUGCCCUGUGCCAAAGAUGCCAAGGGGAACCCUGUGCAUUUCAAAUUCAAUAAUUCCUCCCUGUUUGCCCACAACGCUGGAGCAGAUGACAGCAGCUCUGACUUUGAUGCAAUGUUCUGGAAAAUGGGAGCCAUCAGCAUGCAGAAAUUCUUUCAGUUUCUAAGCACUGUGGAAAGCAGAAGUCUAACGCUGACGAAGGAAGUCCUCCAAGAGCGGAAGGAACUCGAGGUGGCUGUAGAAGGGCUACAGCCACAAAUCAAAGCUGCACUGACAAAGCUAGAGGAGCUGAAGAAAACACAAGAAACUCUGGAGCACCACAAAGAUGAGAUGGAGGCAAAUAAGAACUUUGAAUAUGAGGUACAGAAAAUAGUGCCUGUGCAGAAAGACAUUUCUAAGACUGGGCAAUACAUAACAAAUUGCCAAAAUUGUCACUACACUUGUCACUAUCCUUGCAAGAUCUCAAACGAUAUCAACAAGCAUUCCUGUGCAGCAAUAGAAAAGAUCUCAGGCUGCUGUACCGUGUGUCCUAGGAAGUGUUGCUGGAACAAUCACUUCAAUCAGAAGUAUAAGUUUGAGUAUGAAGUUGUAAAAGAGAAACAGACCUAUGCACAGCUGAAGGAGAAGUAUGAGAAGGCACACGGCAAGGUGUUAUCUGCCAAGAAUCUGGUUGAGAAGCUGCAAGAGGAAUAUAAAGAAGUGAGAGAGAGACUGCUAGGCCUCAUUACUAGAUCUUCAGAGAGUCUCCAGCGCCUGCAAGAAAUUGCCCUGAAGCCCAACCCGCUCUCCACUCCGGAAUACAUUGAUAUGCUGAUCAAGUCAGAAGAGCACGAGCUGAAGCCUGGGUACAUGGAACGAAUACAGUCUCUCAAGGAUGUGAGGCAGGCAGCUGAAAUCAUACAGAAGAUUGCAAAUAAAGAAGAACUGUUGCCUGGAGAGAAGGCUAUGUAUGAGAGCAUGCAAACUCAACAAUCUUCUCCGGAAAAACAAGCAGAAAAAAACACAUCCAAAGGUUCAAAACUCAAGCUACUCAGGAGGAUGACGUAACCAAUGAUUCUAAACAAAGUGCACAGUUUAAUCCCAGUUUGGGUCUCUCAUAAAAGUUUUCUUUAAGACUUGAGGAGCCCACUUCUAACUCGCAGCUCUAUUCCACUGGCCUCAGUUGCUAAAGUGAUGGUCUAAUGGGCUUAAUGUAAUCAGCUGUAUUUAUAACUGAUCAAGCUUCAUAUGAAAAUGCAAGGAAUUACAACUGUUAACAGCUCUGCUGGACAGCCUUUCUAUGAUGAUGAGUGUACUAAAACACAGUAUGCCAUUCUUUGAUCAUCCGCUGCUUGUUCACGCUUAAUGAUCUCAUAUGGCAAUAGUCACCCAGAUGAAUAAAAGCAUAUUGAUGAGUGUCAAGCAUCUGUGCCAAUUCUUUCCACAUCUCCAGCUAAGGAAGGGUCCUGUCCCUCCCAGCACAGCCCUGAGGAGUCCCGCAUCACGAGGGACUCCUCUGAUCCCAAGACUUGUCUCUGGCUCAAAUCCAGAGGCUCUGGCUGGUCCUUCACAGUGGCCAAAUCCACCCAACUCCUGAGAAAUGGGGAGGGCUGCACCUCAUGCCCAACUUGCCAUCAGCACGGGGGUGCAGCACAUUGGCAGGUCUGCGUGACAGUUGCAGCACGAUGGGAUAGAGG